AUGAAAGAGUUCACGACCUACCUAGAAAAGCCAAAAAAUAGAAAAGAUCCAGAGAAAAAAAAUCAGUGGAGCAACAAGAGACCCGUGGAGGGUAGACAAAGUCAGUCUGAUGUCAUAAGAGGUCCAGUGGGGGUAAGGGGGGUCGCAAAAGGAGCAGCAGAGCCUAAAGAGUGUUGGAAUCUUUUCUUUACCGACAGUAUGGUGAAUUCGAUUGUCAGCUACACCAACAAGAGAAUCUUUGGAGUCAGGAAAAGUCUAUCAGCAGAAACACUUUCAGACGACAGAUACACCUACAUUGGAGACACCACCCCUGAAGAGAUUGCUGCCUGGAUCGGAUUGCUGUACCUGCGUGGGCUUCUUUGCUUGAAUAAUCAUAGCACUGAAAGUUUAUUCAGCGACAAAACAGGUCAUCCAGUCUUUAGUGCUACCAUGUCAAAGAACAGAUUCAAAUUCUUGAUGGCAAAUGUCAGAUUUGAUGAUGAAGAGACCAGAGCUGAAAGAUGGAAUUCAGAUCGCUUUGCAGCUUUUCGAGAAGUCUUUGAAAAGUUUAACACCCAAUGUGGUAAAGUAAUUAUUCCAGAUGACUACCUUUCCUUAGAUGAGACUCUAUAUCCAAUGCGAAAUCAAGUGAGCUUCAAACAAUUCAACCCAAGUAAACCAGCUAAGUAUGGCCUCCUUUUCAAGUCAAUCAAUGCUGCACGAUAUCCGUACACCUUUAUAGUCACUCCAUGCAGUGGAAAACCAGUUGGAGAAGCAGGAGAGUUCUACAUUUCAGACUGUGAUGAAACAGUGAAGUCACUAGUAACACGACUAGAAAAGUUAACCGAUCUCAGAGGGAGAAAUAUAUCUUUUGAUCGCUUAUACACUUCCAUCCCAUUGUGUAAGUGGUUACUGGGACGUCAGAUUACAAGCAUUGGAACCCUUAAAACCAACAGAAGGGGAAUUCCCGAUAAGUUCAAGAAGGUUGAGGAACGAGAGGAGUUUUCCUACAAUGUCUUGUGGGAAGUACCUGACAAGAAGCUUGUCCUCCAUUCGUAUGUCGUCAAAAAUAAGUCCUCGGGUCCUCGAAAUGUUCUGAUGCUCUCGACAGUACAACCGCUUCUUGGUGUCACUAAAGAUGACAAAAAGUUCAAACCAGCAAUUUUCAAGCUUUACGACUUUACGAAAGGAGGGACUGAUAUUGUAGAUCAAAGAGUCGGCUUCUAUUCCUGUAAGUCCAAGAGCCCUAGAUGGACGAUGAUAGCGUUUUUCUUCCUCCUUGACACAUGCAGAGUGAAUUCAUGCACAGCAUUCUGCCUUUUGAGUAUGGCUGGAAACUAG